AAAACAGAGGCGAUGAUUAUUUUCUCCGGGAAACUAGCGAUGGGGUUUUACUGUGUUUUUGCUUGAAAACAAAGUUGUGGCUGCAUUGUUGCCUCCUCUGGCAUACCCUUUAGCGGGUACGAUAUGCAUGGGAUGAAAAAAUGAGUAAUUUCUUUCUUCAGAGAAGGACUGUCUUUAUUUGAAGAUGAUGGAAGAAAGCUAUGAAAACGAAAAUCAGUUCGGCUAGAAGCAAAACAGUUGACUUAGAAAAAAAUGACUGUUGUUGGAUGUUUGACUGUUGUUGCAUUAUGUUUGGAGUUUUCUUGGAAUGACCUGCGUUGUGUUUGUCCUCUAUUUGGUCUCUUAGACCCUUACAGUUUCUUCAAAGUCAUGGUGCAAGAAAAUGGCAAGAGGAAGAGGCCAAACAUUCUGGUUACUGGAACACCGGGUACAGGGAAGACAACCCUGUCGGCUGAUCUGGCAGAAGCCUCUCAGCUGCGUCACAUCAAUGUUGGAGAUUUGGUGAAAGAGAAGAACUUGCAUGAUGGAUGGGAUGGUGAGCUUGAUUGUUAUCUUCUUAAUGAAGACUUGGUCUGUGAUGAACUUGAGGAUGUUAUUGAAGAGGGUGGAAACAUUGUGGACUAUCAUGGUUGUGAUUUCUUUCCUGAGCGAUGGUUUGAUUAUGUCGUUGUACUUCAGACUGAUAACACCGUUUUGUAUGACCGUUUGAGCAGGAGAGGAUACAAAGAUGCAAAACUUUCCAACAAUAUUGAGUCUGAAAUCUUUCAAGUUCUGCUUGAGGAGGCUAAAGAAAGUUACCCAGAGGACAGAGUGGUUGCUAUGAAGAGUGAUACUAUUGAAGACACUAGUAGAAAUGUGGCAACUUUGACAGAUUGGGUCAGAGUAUGGCCUUCUCAGGCCUAAUCAUAACGAGAAAAAUAUGAAUUUUUGUACAUAUCUGGUAAGAGAAUGAUGAAAAGUUUUGUUUGGUUUCAUGAUGAACUGCCAUCUGAAUCUGGAGUGUUGAAUUUCCUCUUAUAAGUUCUAGUGUGUAGUGUACUUUGAGAUAUUUAUGGCAUUUAAAUUUAAAUUUAAAUUAUACAACUAAAAGAGUGUUUAGCUGUUACCAAGUUUUGUGCCAAUAUGACAUUGGUGUGACAAAACAUUCACUUUCCUGAUAUUUCCCUACAUCAAGCCUUUUGAGUUCUUUGUAAUCUCCCACUUUGAUAUA